AUGGCAGCCAUACUUGAAUCUUUGCUUGGAUCAUGUGCCAGUAAAUUACAAAAUAUCAUUACAGAUGAGGCCAUACUAGUCCUUGGGGUGAAAGAAGAGCUCAGAGAAGUCUUGCGACAAGUAGAACUAAUACAAUGUUGCAUAUAUGAUGCUGAGAAAAGAAGGACAAAAGAGCAAGCAGUAAACAAUUGGCUUGGUCAACUGAGAGAUGUUAUAUAUGAUGUCGAUGAAAUCCUGGAUGUGGCUAGGUGUAAAGGAAGCAAGCUACUUCCUGACAAUCCUUCGUCAUCAUCAAGCAAAUCGGCUGCAUGUAAAGGCCUCUCAGUUUCCUCUUGCUUUUGUAACAUCUGGUCACGUCGUGAUGUUGCUGUUCGGAUUAGAAGCCUCAACAAAAAGAUUGAGAACAUUUCAAAGGACAAGAUAUUCUUAACAUUCAACACUAGUAUGCAGUCUACUAGAAAUGGUCCAACAUCCAAACUCAUAAGAAGCUCCAAUCUUGUUGAGCCCAACCUUGUGGGGAAGGAGAUCAUACAUUCUAGCAGGAAGUUGGUGGACUUGGUGCUUGCGCACAAGGAAGAUAAGUCUUACAAGCUUGGUAUUGUUGGAACGGGAGGAGUUGGUAAGACAACACUAGCUCAGAAAAUAUAUAAUGACCAAAAAUUAAAAGGAAGCUUCAAGAUGCACGCAUGGAUUUGUGUUUCACGAGACUACAAUGAAGUAACUCUUCUUAAAGAGGUUCUUCGGAAUAUUGGUGUGCAUCAUGAGCAAGGGGAAACCACAACAGAGCUACAGAGGAAGCUUGCAGAAACAAUUGAAGGGAAGAGUUUCUUUCUGGUUCUAGAUGAUGUGUGGCAUUCCAAUGUAUGGACGGAUUUAUUAAGACCUGCAUUACAUGAAACAAGAUCCGGAGUAAUAUUGGUGACCACACGAGAUGAUCAAAUUACAAAGAGAAUAGGUGUAGACUAUACCCAUCGAGUUGAUCUCAUGUCAGUAGAGGUCGGAUGGGAGCUACUUUGGAAGAGCAUGAACAUUGACGAAGAGAAAGAAGUGCAGAAUUUAAGAAACACGGGAAUUGACAUUGUUCAUAAAUGUGGCUGCCUCCCUCUUGCAAUCAAGGUUACUGCUAGUUCUUUGGCCUGCAAAGAUCUAACAGAUAAUGAGUGGAGAAAGUAUUUGGGAAAAUAUGUUGGCUGCCAGAGCAUGCUCUCAGAUGACAUAGACGGGGCUCUAUAUCUAAGCUAUGAUGAGUUACCGCAUCGUCUGAAGCAGUGUUUCCUUUAUUGUGCUUUGUAUACUGAAGAUUCUAUCAUUCGGCUUGAUGAAGUUACCUGGUUAUGGAUUGCUGAAGGCUUCAUUGAGGAGCAGCAAGGCCAACUACUAGAAGAUAUAGCAGAAGAGUACUACUACGAGCUAAUACAUCGGAAUCUCCUCCAACCAGAUUUGCUUUAUUUUGACCUGUCUCGGUGCAAAAUGCAUGACCUUUUAAGGCAACUUGCUCUUAAUAUAUCAAUGGAUGAAUGUUUUAUUGGAGAUGUUGAAACAUUAAGGGGUGAAAAUAUGUCAAAACUGCGACGUGUUACUGCUGUUACUAAGAAGGAUAUGUUGGUGUUAUCUAGAGUGGAUAAGGUGGAUGUUAAGGUCAGGACUUUCCUAACUGUUAAGGGUCCACAGAGAAUUGAGGAUACAUUGUUCAAGAGAUUUCUCCUCCUUCGUGUUUUAGUACUGAAUUACUCACUUGUGCAAAUCAUUCCGGACUAUAUAGGAAAAAUGAUACAUCUACGCCUACUGAAUCUAAAUUAUACUGGCAUAUCUUGUCUUCCGGAAUCCAUUGGAUCCCUAAAGAACCUUCAAGUACUGAGCUUGAGAUGGUGUUACUAUUUACAUGCUCUUCCUUCAGCAAUGACACUGUUGAGCCGUUUAAGAUGCCUUGAUCUUUUUGGCACAAAAAUAAAUCAGGUUCCAAAAGGCAUGGGGAAAUUGAAGCUCCUCACUUAUUUAGGAGAUUAUCCUGUUGGUGAUGGAAGUGCUAAUGCUGUUAUACAAGAUGGAUGGAAGUUGGAAGAGUUGUCUUCUUUGUCGCAGAUGAGGUAUCUUUCUCUUGUUAAAUUGGAAAGAGCAGCUCACUGCAGUACAAAUACAGUGCUUAGGGACAAAGACCAUCUAAAAGAACUGAUACUAGAGUGGACUGAACGUGGAGAGGGGUCAUAUUCAGAAGAAGAUGUUAGUAAUACUGAGAAGGUCUUUGAGCAGCUAAUACCUCCGCACAACCUGGAAAAUCUAUGUAUUGUUAGAUUCUUUGGUCAGCGGUAUGCCAGCUGGUUUCGUACCACUUUUUUGUCUUCCUUAAUACACUUGAAACUCAUAGAUGUACGAUCAUGUGUGCAUCUUCCACCGAUCUGGCAGCUACCCAACUUGAAAUAUCUAAGAAUUGAUGGAGCACAUCGAGUUACCAAGGUUGGACCUGAAUUUGUUGGCUGCAAGAAGGGUGAUCCUGUAUGUAAUGAGUUGGUUGCUUUCCCUAAACUUGAAUGGCUGAUAUUCACUGAUAUGCCCAACUGGGAGGUGUGGUCUUUUUUUGAGGAAGAAGUUGCUACUGAUGAAAGGGGUGAGGAUGGAGCUGUUGAAAUUGGAAAAGAGGAUGCCGAAUCUGCAUGGUUUCCACUGCUGCCUAGUUUGGUACUUUUGAGACUUGAAGGUUGCCCGAAGCUGAGGGCUCUCCCGCGACAACUUGGAAAGGAGACCACCAGCUUGAAGGAGCUCAGAUUAAUUGGUACAAACAGCUUGAAGGCCGUGGAGGACCUCCCGCUGCUCUCUGAGCUCCUUAACAUUCAGAAAUGUGAAGGCCUGCAGAGGAUCUCCAACCUCCCUCAAGUGACAGAACUGCGUGUACAUGGUUGUCCAAACCUAAGCCAUGUAGAGGGGUUGGUAAGUUUGCAGCAGCUGGGGCUGGGUGAGGAUAUGCAAGAGUUCUCUUCCCGCUGGGUGCCUAGGCUUCAAAACCAGCACCAGCGACUUCAUGGCGAAGACCUGGACGUCUACACUUUGUCUGCCAGUUAG